AAAUACUAACAUUAACACAUCAAUUUACAAUGUCAGUAAUAUGCUGCUAAUAACCAAGCUGAACAUAUUUAUUAACCCCUACAGAACUUCACUGUUACAGACGCUGAUGGAAAGCUUCAGAGGACAAGUCAAAUCAGAUACAUUUGUAUACUGAAAUGAAGCGGUGAAUUCAGUAAUGACAGGAGGAUACAGACAAAAAAGGAUACAUUGUAAAAAAGUGUAAUUUACACUGGAUACUGUGUUAGACACUGUUAUAAACACUGGAUACUGUGUUAGAUACUGUUAUACACACUGGAUACUGUGUUAGAUACUGUUAUACACAUUGGAUACUGUGUUAGACACUGUUAUACACACUGGAUACUGUGUUAGAUACUGUUAUACACACUGGAUACUGUGUUAGACACUGUUAUACACACUGGAUACUGUGUUAGACACUGUUAUACACACGAUACUGUGUUAGACACUGUUAUACACAUUGGAUACUGUGUUAGAUACUGUUAUACACACUGGAUACUGUGUUAGAUACUGUUAUACACACUGGACACUGUGUUAGAUACUGUUAUACACACUGGAUACUGUGUUAGAUACUGUAAUACACACUGGAUACUGUGUUAGACACUGUUAUACACACUGGAUACUGUGUUAGACACUGUUAUACACAUUGGAUACUGUGUUAGAUACUGUUAUACAUACUGGAUACUAUGUUAGAUACUGUUAUACACACUGGAUACUGUGUUAGAUACUGUUAUACACAUUGGAUACUGUGUUAGAUACUGUUAUACACAUUGGAUACUGUGUUAGACACUGUUAUACACAUUGGAUACUGUGUUAGAUACUGUUAUACACACUGGAUACUGUGUUAUACACUGUUAUACACAUUGGAUACUGUGUUAGAUACUGUUAUACACACUGGAUACUGUGUUAGAUACUGUUAUACACACUGGAUACUGUGUUAGACACUGUUAUAUACACUGGAUACUGUGUUAGAUACUGUUAUACACACUGGAUACUGUGUUAGAUACUGUUAUACACUGGAUACUGUGUUAGGUACUGUUAUAAACACUGGAUACUGUGUUAGACACUGUUAUACACUGGAUACUGUGUUAGAUACUGUUAUACACACUGGAUACUGUGUUAGAUACUGUUAUACACACUGGAUACUGUGUUAGAUACUGUUAUAAACACUGGAUACUGUGUUAGAUACUGUUAUACACACUGGAUACUGUGUUAGACACUGUUAUAUACACUGGAUAUUGUGUUAGAUACUGUUAUACACACUGGAUACUGUGUUAGACACUGUUAUACACAUUGGAUACUGUGUUAGAUACUGUUAUACACACUGGAUACUGUGUUAGACAUUGUUAUACACACUGGAUACUGUGUUAGACAUUGUUAUACACACUGGAUACUGUGUUAGACAUUGUUAUACACACUGGAUACUGUGUUAGACACUGUUAUACACACUGGAUACUGUGUUAGAUACUGUUAUACACACUGGAUACUGUGUUAGACAUUGUUAUACACACUGGAUACUGUGUUAGACACUGUUAUACACACUUGAUACUGUGUUAGAUACUGUUAUAAACACUGGAUACUGUGUUAGACACUGUUAUACACUGGAUACUGUGUUAGAUACUGUUAUACACAUUGGAUACUGUGUUAGAUACUGUUAUACACACUGGAUACUGUGUUAGAUACUGUUAUACACACUGGCUACUGUGUUAGAUACUGUUAUACACAUUGGAUACUGUGUUAGAUACUGUUAUACACACUGGAUACUGUGUUUGGAUACUUUUGAUUCAGGUAAACACCAGUUACUGUGUGAUACACAUUAUGAGCUAAGGACAAGGACAUUUCUAAAUAACUUUGUCAAUCUUAAAGACAAUUGGAAAAGGAUUUCAUUUGACAACAGCCAUGAAUUCUAGCUUAUCAGUGAACCCCCCUCCAGGAAUGAACCUAACCACGAUGUUAAAUUCUAGCUUUAAGGAUAACUCUAGCUACUAUGAUGGAUCAUGGAUGCGUGAUUGUCAUACACUGUACUGUAUCCUCGUCACUCGAUACAGAAACUCUGUGUACCAUGCACUCCUCACCUUGUCUUCUCUACUUGGCAUCAUCGGAUCCCUGGGUGUCAUUGGCAAUAUUGUGGUUAUCAUUGUGUUUGCGCGUACAACAUCCAAACACACCUCCAUGUACCUGAUGUUGAUGCUGGCUAUCAUGGACCUGAUGGUGUGUAUAUUAGUCAUUCCUUAUGUAAUCAUCACACAGUGGCGUAUGACUGUCAAGUACGAUGCUUUGUGUAAAAUCUUAGAGAUGCUGAGGUAUUUCUCCAUACCAACAUCUGUCAUGAUAUUGGUAGCCAUUUCCUGUGAUAGAUACAUUCUCAUCUGCACACCACCUAGUAUUCGGAUGACAAAGUCGGUGACUAAGAUUGUAAUUAGCAUGAUUCUGGCCAUUGGGGUGAUGUUUAGCAUUCCACCAAUCCUAGGUAUCGGAGUGUAUGCCACGGACUACAGCGGCAAUCAGUUUUACAUUGGAUACUGUGUACCUAACGACCAGUACAUCACGCCCCACCAACUAGACAUCUAUUGGUAUGUUGUCACUGCAGCCUUCAGCCUCAUGAUCCUUAUCAUCUUCACCAUGUACACUCUCAUCUUUAUACGACUGUACAAACAAAACAAGAAAUGGCUGAUGCGUAUGCCGAAGGUGCACCCCGAGUCUCGACAGAGUUGUGAAGAGGACGAUAACUCCAUAUUUGGCGACAGGAAGAAAAGCACUUGUGUAAUGCCCAAUCCUCUCUCCUCUACGAAGGAAGAUGUCAGCGUGUCCACUCUCAAACAUCUGGUGCCUAACCAACCAGCUACUAUAUUUGAGGAAAGCGAGGCAUCAAAACAAAUAUAUCAGUCCACUACCUCGUUCUCGUACUCUGAUCAACGUUCUGCCAUGACUCCUGCAUGUUGGAAACGUUCACAGAGUGAAAUGUUUAACCUAGAGCAUACAGAUUUAGUGAAAAAACGUAACUCCUUGGAUGUAAACAAACUUCAGAGACUGAAGGAGACCAGAGUCAAGCCCAGACCAGGACCUUCAAACACCCUCAUGCAGCGAACCAUGCACACUGCUAAUUAUGUGUCCCGGAAAAUGAGCAACACUUCACAAGACUACAGACUGGAAGUAAAAAAGGACAUUUCCAAGUCAAAAUGGAAUUCCAUCAGAUCUUCAGUCCUCAAACGCAAAGUGUCACUGAACUUGAUGUCUCAGUUCAGACAAACAUCCAAGAUGGCUUCUCCUAAACGGAAAUCUGUGUUCAACAGUCAGAAAUCAAAACGCCCAAUGCACAUCAAGACAACACAAGUUCUAUUUAUAGUUACACUUGUAUAUGUGAUUUCCUUCCUUCCUACCUUUCUCAUGUCGAAUAAUGUGAUACCCAACAACCGAGUAAUCUACUACAUGUACUUCAUCAACAAUGCAUCUAACCCUAUCAUAUACUCUUUUAUGAACCAGAGGUUUAGGAUGGAGGUCGCAAAACUUUUCUGUAGGAAGUGAACACUAAACAGAGGUUUAGGACAGAGGUCACAAACUUUUUCUGUAGGAAGUGAACACUAAACAGAGGUUUAGGACAGAGGUCACAAACUUUUUCUGUAGGAAGUGAACACUAAACAGAGGUUUAGGACGGAGGUCACAAACUUUUUCUGUAGGAAGUGAACACUAAACAGAGGUUUAGGACAGAGGUCACAAAUUUUUCUGUAGGAAGUGAACACUAAACAGAGGUUUAGGACGGAGGUCACAAACUUUUUCUUUAGGAAGUGAACACUAAACCGAGGUUUAGGACGGAGGUCACAAAUAUUUUCUGUAGGAAGUGAACACUAAUUAACAGAGGUUUAGGACGGAGGUCACAAAUAUUUUCUGUAGGAAGUAGGUAAGAUGUGAUGAUUUCUUUUUUUCAAUCUUUAAUUUUCCAUUCCUAUAGUGUAACCUUCCUGCUUCCCCUACCUACAUGUUAACAUAUCAUAAUUGAUUCAAUAUACAAGGACUUGUUACGUUAACUAUAAUACAUUUAAUAACAAAGGGUUUUAAAAUCAUGAUUUCAUUGUGAAAUGUUCCAUUUCUUUGUGCAAUGUCAAUGCUUGUUGGUUAUAUUGUCUGUAUCCUAGUUCUCAUUUUGAGGAUUUGAUUUAUUAAUUAAUCUGGAUUUGAUCUAGGUUUGCCUGACAGGUGUCAUCAAUGAAGCAAAAGACUCUUAUCCUUCAGGAACACCUGGUCUCAAUAUCCUUGUAUUUUUAAGGGUUCCAUGGCAAUAUAUGCUUUAUUAGUAUUUUAUCCUCAUUUUAUCUAUGAGUUAGAAUUCCUGUUUUGUUGUACAUAAGUUUGCUGUUGUUUUUGUAGCCAGACUUCUACUGAAUAAAGUUUUAAAGCUCUUCUGCAGCAGGUCAUCAAUAAAUGACCAAAGUUGUAGAUAGGAUAUUAAACAAUACCAAACCAAUCCUCUGCAGCAGAUUUAUGAAACUAUUUCUGUACAGCAGUUCAUAGUUUAUCAGUUACAUUAAGAAAUAUCUGAUUAUCACUUGUAUCUAAUCUGUCAUAGAACUUGAUUAUACAAUGUUAUGGUGUAAAUAUGAACUAAAUCCUCCCUUUGGUCUGUGAGAUGAUUUUACACAAUCUUUACACAAAUGUACAUACUAGAUGUUGUAUUUACUAUUGAUAAUAAUAAUAUCAGAAUGAAGGUGAAAUAUUUUAUAUAUUAACAAUGUCCUUUAACUUUGAGUAAUGAUAUGACCUUGGAGACUUGAUAGCAGAGUGAUGGGAAGGUCACAUCACAGAAAGUGCACUUUUAGGGUAUUAUUUACCUGUUGUUCAACAAAAUAAACAAGACCCAUUAUUUGUAUUCCUCAAACAUAAUUUCACUCAGAAAGAAUCUCAUAACCCCAAAUUUUCCAGUGUGGUUAUAUAUCUACGUUUUAGUUACAAGCCUGUACAUAAUUGGAGUCAGUAAGUUAUUGUUUAAAUGUGAACACCCUUUAUUGUAAUAGAAUUUACUUCUAAGGAGUUGAGAAAUGGUUCUAUAUAUGUUUGUAACAUCACGGGUCUUGUUUUCCUAUUCAAUGUGUUGUAACUAUAUUAAUGUUCCUUUCUCCUAAUAAAUGUGAUGGUAAAUAUAAAA